AUGUCUCACUUCCACCUUAUUCUUGAGCGUGAAAUUAAUACAAACACCUGGUGCGCUAACAACGAUUCGUUGGACUCUCAAAUUGACGUGUUCUUUGCGAGUGUGUACACUCUAAGUGAUGACAGAUGGGCUGUGAUGCGCCGGCUUCAAACGUCGGCGUGUGACUGGACCUCGGCAGUUUCAUUGCUGAGGGAGUUGUUGAGUCUGAUAGGUGAGGGAAAGAAGGAAGAGUUGGAGUUACAAAGGGAAGUAGAGGAGGAAAUGGAGGUUGGUUUGGGAAUUGAGGAUUAUAUUCCUCCUGGGAAAGCUAAUAAACCAUUUUGGGCUCGCGGAGUGGACAUGCUUGGGUACUCUUUGAAUUCUUUGAGGUUGGCAAACUUGAAUUUCAAGGGCAUUGACGCCCAGAUCAUCACAAGUAGUGAAGCUACAGCUGAAUUCGGAUGA